AUGAUUAUUAAAUGUUUACUACCAACAGAUAAAAUAUUAGAAUUUGAUAUGAAUGGACAAAUUGAUCCAACUAUUUAUAUUUUAAAAAGUUUUAUAUAUGAAAAAGAAAAAAUACCAAUAGAUAUGCAAAUUAUCGAAUUAAAUAAUAAAAAAUUGUCUCAAAAACAUGAUAAAUUUAAAUUAAAAAAAUUCAAAGUUAUAGAGUCAACAAAUAUUAGAAUUUUAUAUGAUUUGGGUGGGUCUUGUUGUGAAUGUGAUUUAUGUGGUUUUGGUGGUGGUGAAUGCGUAUGUCAAAUUUUAUAG